CGUGACGUUCUAUUUUGUUUUUGAGAGAUCUGCCGCUUCCUUAUUUUCAGUCAGACUUAAAGACGGAAAAGCAUGGGAUCCAGCCGCUUCGCCUUUUUCGUUAUUUUACUUUUGUGCACCUGCUCGGCUUCACCGCCGAAUUUCGUCCUCCUCUUCGCUGACGAUUUAGGUUUCGGGGACUUGGGCUGUUAUGGACAUCCUAGUUCACUCACUCCCAACCUGGACCGCCUUGCAGCUGAAGGACUCCGAUUCACAGAUUUUUACAGCACCUGCCCCGUGUGCAGCCCGUCCAGGGCAUCACUGUUGACAGGUCGCUAUCAGACCCGGUCAGGAAUCUACCCAGGCGUGUUGUACCCAGGAUCUAUAGGUGGUCUUCCUCUGAAUGAGACCACCAUCGCCGAAGUGUUAAAGCCCCUGGGCUAUGCUACAGCAGCGAUAGGAAAGUGGCACCUAGGGCUUGGACACAAUGGCAUGUUUCUCCCAACCAAACAGGGCUUUGACCAUUUCCUGGGGAUCCCAUACUCCCAUGACAUGGGCCCCUGUAAGAAUCUGACUUGUUUCCCUCCAGAUGUAAAGUGUUAUGGAUUGUGUGAUAUUAACACCGUAACCGUCCCGCUAAUGCAGAAUGAGGUCAUCAAGCAACAACCAGUCAACUUCCUGGAUCUGGAGAGGAGUUACAGUGACUUUGCAGCAAACUUCAUAACCACAUCGGUUGAGAAAAAACAACCAUUCUUCCUCUACUAUCCAUCACAUCACACCCACUACCCCCAGUAUGCAGGUAUUGGGGCAGCUGGCCGAUCUUUAAGGGGUCCGUUCGGGGAUUCCCUGUUGGAGUUUGACAACACCGUAGGCCACCUGAUGGCAACUCUGGAGAGGACAGGAGUGAUCAACAACACAUUGGUCUUCUUUACAUCAGACAAUGGGCCUGAACUAAUGCGUAUGUCCCGUGGAGGCAACGCUGGUCCUCUGAAAUGUGGCAAAGGUACCACAUAUGAGGGAGGCAUGAGAGAACCUGCCAUCGCCUACUGGCCGGGGAUCAUCAAGCCAGGUGUUACUCAUGAGAUGGCCAGCACUCUAGAUAUCCUCCCCACAUUGGCGCGCCUGGCAGGGGCUAAACUACCACCGGUGAUGCUGGAUGGGGUCGAUAUGACGGAUAUCCUUGUUAAACAAGGAAAGAGCAAAAGGGAAGCCAUGAUGUUCUACCCUGUAGAUCCCAGUGAAAAAUAUGGCCUCUUUGCUGUAAGGCUGGGGAAGUACAAGGCUCACUUCUAUACACAAGGUGCUUUCCACAGCAGUACUACACCAGACAAAGACUGCCCAGAAACAGCAGUCCUCAAGGCUCACAACCCUCCUCUGAUAUUUGAUCUGGAGGCUGACCCAUGUGAGCAUUAUGCUCUGCCAGUAGAUACACCUGACAUCCAAACUGUGCUGGAACAGAUCAAGAGUGUUAAGGAGCAAUUUGAAUCCUCCAUGGUGUUUGGAGAGAGCCAAGUGGGAAAAGGAACAGACCCCAACCUCAGGCCGUGCUGCAACCCUGAGUGUAGCCCCAAACCUAGCUGCUGUCAUUGUUGAUGAGAAAAGCUGUUACUGUAACCAACUUUAAGGUAUAAAGGUGAAUUACAGCACAAUAACUACUUGGGCUCGUAAUGAGGCCCUAGCCAGUAUCAGAAGAUGCCAAAUUCGUAUGGAGCCAAAGUAUUGAGCAGCAAUAAUGACCUGGACACAAUGUCAACGUUUGAGUAGCCACUCUUGUAUUGCUACAAGAUAUAAAAAAACAGUGUCCAAUCUGUACAGGAAAAAGUACAAAACAAAACAAACAGUGUGCACACUUAAAGAAAAUGAAAGUACUCGUUGGGGCCCUUUAAGGAUAUAGAGUUAAGUUGGCAAUAGCCAACUUCAAAGGUCCUUGUGAGUGUAAUUGAAAUGUAUGAGUGUGUGGGUGUGUAUCUUCUUUGGGGUAGAUCGUCCUCAAAGUGGUUGGCUCGCCAUCUAUCACGACCGGAAUUUUGUCCUGGUCCUCAGACUUUUCUGUCCUCUCCAAAAACCUGACCUAUAAUCCAGGUCAUAAAAUGUACAUUCUAAUCA